UCGAACGAUCUGUUUGGAACUCAGGAGAGGAGCGCAGUGAUGAGAGCCAGUAUGAAAGAGCAGCGGCGCACCGGGGGAUAAACACUGAUAACACCGAAUACAUCACUUAUCACGCAGGACUGGCCACAGUUACAUGAACACAUCACGACUACGUGCAGACAAACACGUUAAACCCUGACGACAGUAGAAGUGAACCAGCAGUGGUUUGGAUCAGAGCCUGCAGAGCAGUGCCGAGUGCAGACGAGUUAUGGGUGAUGGAGGACAUCGGGGUGAGCAGCAGGGGUCAGGAGAGAGAGGCUCAUGUGCACAGUACACGUGGGAGGAAGUGCAGAAACACAAUCUCACAGGUGAUCAGUGGCUGGUGAUCGAGAGGAAAGUGUACAAUGUGAGUGAGUGGACCAAAAGACAUCCUGGAGGAAGCAGAGUUCUUGAGCAUUACAUUGGUGAAGAUGCAACGGACGCUUUUACAGCCUUCCAUCCGGAUCGCCGUUUUGUGAGGAAGUUCAUGAAGCCACUGCUGUUGGGAGAGUUGGCACCUUCAGAGCCCAGUCAAGACCAUGACAAAAAUGCUGCUUUAGUGAAAGAUUUCCAGGCCUUGCGUAAGCAGUUGGAGGAACAGGGUUUAUUCCGCACCCGUCCAUUGUUUUAUAUCCUAUAUAUUGGGCACAUUCUGCUGUUGGAGGCGCUACCUUUGGUACUGCUGUGGCAAUUUGGCAAUGGCUGGAUUGUUACAAUUCUAAGUGCUGUCAUGUUGGCUACAGCACAGGCUCAGGCUGGAUGGCUUCAGCAUGACCUUGGCCACCUGUCUGUCUUCAAAAAUUCCACCUGGGAUCAUCUAGCACACAAAUUUGUCAUCGGACACCUGAAGGGGGCCUCUGCAAAUUGGUGGAACUAUCAACACUUUCAGCAUCAUUCUAAGCCUAAUGUGUUAAGUAAGGACCCUGACCUCAACACGAUGGAAAUACUGGUACUGGGAAACAUUCAGCCUGUAGAGUAUGGGAUUAAAAAGUUGAAACACAUGCCUUAUAACCAUCAGCACAAGUACUUCUUUUUGAUUGGCCCUCCCCUGCUAAUCCCAGUGUUCUUUAGCGUGCACAUUUUUCGAACUCUGUGUGUGAGACGCCAUUGGGUGGAUUUUGUGUGGUAUUUGUCCUACUAUACACGGUUCUUCUUAUGUUAUGUCUCAUAUUAUGGAUUGCUGGGAUCAGUACUGCUUCAGACUUUUGUAAGGUUUCUAGAAAGUCACUGGUACGUAUGGGUUACGCAGAUGAACCACAUUCCCAUGGAUAUUGUUUAUGAAAAUCAUGACGACUGGCUCAGUAUGCAGCUGAAAUCUACUUGUAAUGUUGAGCAGUCACUCUUCAAUGAUUGGUUUACCGGCCACCUCAACUUCCAGAUUGAACACCACGUCUUCCCUACAAUGCCUCGCCAUAACUAUGUUCAUGUGGCACCUCGACUUCGAGAGCUUUGUGAGAAGUAUGGAGUUCAGUAUCAGGUCAAAGGGCUGUUGGAGGCCAUGUCUGACAUUAUUGGGUCUUUGAAGAAGUCUGGUGAGCUGUGGCUAGAUGCCUACCUGCACAAAUGAGUCACCAGUUCGUCCAUCAGUUACUGUUUAAAACCAGGUCUACAGUAUGAUCUCCAUUCAGCAAUGAUGAAAUAGGAGGUUAAUUGUUUUUUGACAGUAAAGAGUCCAUAGAAAACCUAACAAUUAUUAAAACAUAUAUAUAAAAUAAUAUUUUUAAAAUGCACUGAUUAUAUGAUUAUAGUGAUUAAUAUCAUUUGAAUUCCUUUGAAUUACUUUUUUGCACUUUGAAUUAAUGAAUAAAUCUUAAGCUGCUCCUGUUAUUCUGAGCUUCUUCAAGUUUGUGGUUAUUUUUUUUUUUAAUUCAACAAAGAAAAUAUUCCAAACAGACUACAAGAGACUGCAACUGCUUAAUAUCUAGCAACAACAUCAAUCUUUGCUCUGUGUAUAAAAGCAUUCAUCAUAAUUUUAUACAAUUUCCCCUCAGAUCUUUUUCUUACUGUAUUUUAAACUUGAAAAUCACGAACAGAAAAUCUGUGAAUACACUUACAAUCACGUUUGCCACCAAGCAGAAAUGCAAUGAAAUGUGUAACGACCAAAGAAAUAUCAUUAACACAUUAACACCAAUAUUUGUACCUUUUAGUAUUUAAUCAUUUACAAUCCAGCUAAGAAACACAAUGUAAGGGAUGUUUGUUUAUGAGGGUCUGAUAUCAGACUGCAGUCACUGCUACAUGCCGUAAGCCUGCUGUGGUAAACUUGUGCCUUGAACGACUCAUUCACAACUAGCGGAAAUUUAGUGUAGCCAAUCAACUUACUGCCAUGUUUUUGGGAGGUGGAAGGAAACAAAGAACCCAGAGUAAAACCACAUGGACGCUGGAAGAACCAGAGCCCAGGACCAUGAGCCUGGAGCAGUAAGAUAACAGCAUCAUUCUUUUACAACAAACUCAGCAUUUAAACAUUGCAUGUGCCCACUGGAUUAUUUUCUGUACAUUUACAAACAAGUAGCAUUUGAAAGACAAAUAUUCAGGUUUCAAAUGACAAUGACAUGAAAAGAAAAUAACAUGAAAUGCAGACUGAAGCACGUCUGUUUAAAACACUACAAAAUCAAUCAUGCCCACCUGUAUUGACACAUUCUGUAUCUGGAUGCUCUCAUACACACUUUUUAUACAGAAGCAAAGCCUAAUAUUUCCCCAUAAUAAACAAGUAUUAAGAAAAAUUAUAUGAUGUAAUCAAAACAAAGGAAUCCUCUAAAA